UGAAAAAUAAAACAGAUACAAAAAAAUACAUAAAAUGGUGGCCAAAAACUCAACCGAAUUCGACUGCAAGUCUUUCGAUGAAACCAAAGCUGCAGUGGUUGAAGCUCAAAACACUGAGGUUCCUCCAAUCUUUGGCUUUCCUCCAGUUGCCUUUGAUGACAAGACACCUUCUGUCUCUGCCUCAGACUUCUCUAUACCUAUCAUCGACUUUGCAGGCAUCCACGUGGACGCAGUGUCACGUGAAGGCAUUGUGGAGAAGAUCAAGAACGCUGCAGAGAAGUGGGGGAUUUUCCAGUUGAUCAAUCAUGGUAUUCCUUUAAGCGUCCUUGAAGAGAUUCAAAAUGGAGUUGUUAGGUUUCAUGAGCUAGAUCCUGAGGUUAAGAGAUCUUACUUCUCGCUCGACUUCACCAAGAGAUUUAUCUACCACAAUAAUUUCGAACUCUACAGUUCUUCUUCUGGUAACUGGAGAGACAGUUUCGCUUCUUACAUGACUCCUGAUCCUCCAACUCCUGAGGAGCUCCCUGUGGCUUGCAGAGAUGCUAUGAUCGGAUACUCGAAGCAUGUGAUGAGUUUGAGUGGUUUACUCUUUGAACUUCUCUCAGAAGCUCUUGGUUUGAGCUCUGAGAUGCUCAAGAGCAUGGAUUGCAUGAAAGAUUUGCUUAUGAUCUGCCAUUACUACCCUCCCUGCCCACAACCUGACCUAACUUUAGGCACAAGUAAGCAUUCCGACAACACCUUCAUUACCAUCCUUCUUCAAGAUCAAAUCGGUGGUCUUCAAGUCCUUCAUCAAGACUGUUGGGUCGAUGUCUCGCCUAUUCCCGGGGCUCUUGUCAUUAACAUCGGUGAUUUCUUGCAGCUGAUGACGAACGACAAGUUCAUAAGCGCUGAGCAUAGGGUUCUUGCAAACAGAGUUGGACCGAGGAUUUCAGUCGCGUGCUUUUUCAGCUCGAGUAUGAAUCCGAACCCCACAGUUUAUGGACCAAUCAAACAGCUUUUAUCUGAAGAGAAUCCUCCAAAAUACAGAGACUUCACAAUACCAGAGUACACAAAGGGAUACAUUGAGAAAGGUCUCGAUGGAACAUCGCAUCUGUCACAUUUCAGGUUAUGAAAACAUUCAUGAAAUAGUAUACCGUCUUAUUUGAUGUAAAGGGUUUCAGACAAUCCCGUACGUGUUUCGUGCUUCUGUUUGGGCCAGUCCUUGUCCUUGUCCGUGUUAAGCUAUUAUGGUCUUGAGGCAGUCUUAUGGUAUAAAGUAUCUACAGAAUGACGCAAUUUCAAGGCUAACAUUACCAUAUUGUUGAUUACAAUUUCUAUUGUGGCUGAUCUCACCGGCCUUGACUAUAUUAGCAUUUAUUU